AUGGCGCAGAACGCAUCCUCAGUGAUCCGCUUCCCUGACGCCAACUUCUUCACUCUAUUUGGAGGGAGAGAACCAAACAUCACACGCCGGUUUCUUUUCAACGCCUGGCAAGUCCUCACAUUGGAGGAGUUUGUCAUCUUCCCAGACGAGCUCCUGGCCCUGGAACUGGCGCCGUCCGUCGGCGGCAUCAACCUCGUCGCCACCGUGCUUGACAGGGACGCGAAGAUCAAGCUCGAAGCCGGGCUUGCCGCCAUCGACCUCCUGUGCACCAGCGGGCACCACCUCAUCACAGGCACCCUGCCACCCACAACCACGCCCACACCACUGAACGACGACGACUUUGGCAGCGGCUACCCGGAGGCCACCACGGACGAACCUCUGACGACCGUCAACGCCACGUCAUCGCCCAACAGCACCACUGUGGACGGCGGCGGCGGCCCCAACGACGACGGCGGUUUCCACAUCGGCUCCCUCAACCCGAUCCAAACCUACCUCGUGCUGGGCGCCGUUGGACUCGCCCUCGUCGCCAUCCUCAUCUUGUGGGUGGCCAGCAAAGUCCAGGGCCGCCGCUCCAAGUACCGCCGCCCCAACAACAAGCGCAUGCUGGAAAUUGCGGAUCGCUUCUUGCAGGAGAGCGAGCGGCAGCAAGGUGGCAGCGGCAGCGGCAGCAGCCACGGCGGUGGCAGCGGUGCUCCCAAUGGCGGCAGCAGCGGCGGUGCACAGUCCAGGCUCGCGGCAAGCAGCAGUGGCGUGGGCAGCAGUGCUCCCGUCAGUGGGGCCGGCAUAUCCACGCGCCGCGGCAAGUGGCGCAUGGGCGCUGGCGCCGCCUUCUCCAAGACACGCGGCGGCGGCGGUCACAACGGCAACGAUCCAGGUGGACGGCGCGGGAGAGGCCAGCGACGACCGUCCAUGGUCCCGCUGAUGGGAGACUCGAGUGACGUCCUCGGUUUCAGCAUGGAUGGCUACACCGACAUGUCCAGUGACGACGAAGAUGGUGGUGGCCGCCGCGGUGGUGCUGGUGGGACGAGGGGCGAGAGGCUGCGCGUGACCUCGUUUGGGGGAGCGGAGAUUAUUGGCGAGCCGCACCACGCUGAUGCGCAGCAACAUCAGCAACAUCAACACCAACAGCAACAGCAACACCAGCAACACCAACAGCAACAACGUGGGCACAAACACCAGCAAGAACGACAACACCAACAAGAACGACAACCGCAGCGCAGACCAUCGAUGCAGCCACUGCUUGACACGCAGGCCCACGACUACGACCGCGCGUCCAACAUUGUGCCCAUCGAGUGCCCACCAACAUACACAAAGGUGGCCGGGUCACACACGGAUGGGGAGUCCAGUACGGAUGGUGGACCACACUACAGCACGGCGUCCUCGGAGAGCGAAGUCAUCCUCCAGCAGCAGAAGCGCCUGUCGAUCCGCAACCAGCAACGGCGGCGCGAUUCCUGGAACAACAACGCCAUCUACACAGCGAAUGCCCCCAACUUUGGUGCACAACCCUCCAUCCCCACACAGGGCCAGCACCGCCCGCCACUUCCGCCAACCCAAUGA